AUGCAAGCGCUGGGACAACAGUCUCGAGUGGCGCGGAAAGUCCGUGCGUACUUGACGAAAACAAAGCUUGGUCUGCUGUUUGGGUGCCGCCGCCGUGCCCACAUCCAGACAGAGCAUGGUGAGGCAUUGCAUGCUGUUCAUUGUACGGCACGCAAGCAGCUGCUGAUAUGGCUGCGCGACAAAUGGGCUGCGCAGCGAAUGGCCGCUCGGAAUGAGCACGGACACGCCAAGCGGCAGCGGUGGAGAGCUUCAUUUGCACAAGCCGACAGGCCGCAGAUUUUGCGCGACAUGUUGCCGCAAAUUCCUGUGAAGUUUGCACGUGCUGCACGUGACCUACUGGCAGGGUGGCAUGUCGAAGAGCCGAUUGUCAACGAGCCAUCGCCGCAAGCAUACAAGGGCACUGGUACUAUGUUCCGAUACAGUGGCUCCUUUAGCAUGAUUGAGCAUCAACCUUCCUUGGACCUGCUUGCGGCAGGACCAUCUGUCGACAUUGAUCUGCUCAGUGCCGGCCUACGAAACGCACCGCAGGUGCUUGCCAUUUGGGAUGACUUUCAAAGUUGGAUGACCGAGCUCGGCAACAAGUACCGCUUUGAACGGGUCAGCACCGCCCUGGAGCUCCACACAGAGGUGACGCUGCAACGCAGAGUGCCUUCCAUUCACUUGCACAUGAUGUUUGACACCCGCGACUCGGCAGCAAUGCGGGCUCUAGCACCGUACCUUCCUGGCCCAUGCACCCGCAUGUUGCGGCCAGGGCGACAAGUGCAUCUGUCUGGACAAAGUUUGGCAUUUCGUGGGUGCAAGCCGCACAUCUCCUUGGAUUCCUCGCAGGCUCGUGGGCGGUCAGUCCGUCGUGCACUGGAUCAAGGGCACUUUUAUCUCCAAGUGGAGAAGAAAGGGUCCAUUUUUCGCCAGACCACUUGCCCAGCAUACCAGACUUUCACAGUGAGCCCCGACUGGGUGACUGGACUUUGGCAGGGGGAUAAGAUUAACAAGGAGUGUGCCGAGCAGCACUACGUCCAAUGCAAGCGCAACAUUCGUGCUUACUGUGAGAACCUGAAGUACCAUGGCCAGAAACAACGGGAGCUGUACAUUCAGCAGCAGCAGGCUGCUGCAGCAGAGCUCUUGCGCCCACUGCAGAAAGAGCCAGUGGAACUACCAGAAGUGACGCAGCUGUUCUUGCCACAGUUCACGCGGCCUAUGCAUCGCCGAAAAUUCUUGGUGCUGAAUGGCCCAACGCGCCUGGGGAAGACUGUCUAUGCACGGUCUCUCUUUGGCGCAGACCACACGUAUGAAACCAAUUGUUCUGGGGUGUUGGGGCCCGACAUGAGGGAAUAUGAUGUGCUACGGCACCGGUGUGUGGUGUUUGAUGAAGCUAGUGUCCAUCUUGUCUUGAAGCACAAAAAAUUGUUUCAGGCGCCGCCUGCCGAAAUUUCACUUGGGCACUCGGCGACAGGCAUGUAUGUUUAUCGCAUCUGGGUUUGGAAUGUCGCUCUCAUUGUCACAUCCAAUGUCUGGACCACCGAACUGGAGCAGCUCGCUGCAGAAGAUCGGGAAUGGCUAGAAGGGAAUGCGAUUCUCAUUCAGUGUAGCCAGCCCUUAUACAGACAAGACUGA